GUUUGUGUGUAAACCUAGUUUCAUUUUACACAAAAGAACCUUUUUGCUCUAAUGGCUUCCAUAAGCUUGUUUGAAACCUUCAUUGCUAUCAUUUCCUUUCUCAUCAUACUUUAUUCCCUCCUUAAGAAACCACAUAAGAACCUCGCUAGGAACUGGCCUGUUCUCGGAAUGCUUCCAGAUCUUCUCAUGGCGCUCCACCGAGUCUAUGAUUUUUUGGCGGAGAUUCUCGAGAUGUCCAACUUAACAUUUCAGUUCAAAGGUCUCUGGUUUGCUGGAAUGGAUAUGUUGAUCACUGUUGAUCCAGCAAACAUUCACUACAUAUUGAGCUCAAACUUCUCAAAUUACACCAAAGGCCCUGAGUUCAAAGAAGUCUUUGAUGUUUUCAAAGAUGUGAUAUUCAACACGGACUCAGAGCUGUGGAAAAACCUGAGGAAGGCUGCUCAGUCCAGGCUCAACCAUCAGGGGUUUCAAAGAUUUUCAGUGACUGCCACAAGAAGUAAACUCAAGAACGGGCUUGUACCUCUUUUCGAUCAUUUUGCAAAGGAAGGAACGACCGUGAACUUGCAAGAUGUGUUCCAGAGAUUCACUUUUGAUACAACAAUGGUUCUUAUAACCGGGUCUGAUCCUAUAAGCCUCUCCAUUGAAAUGCCGGACAAUGAGUUUGCUAAAGCAAUUACCGAUGCUGGGGAGGCGAUUAUGUAUAGACAUAUUAAACCAAGGCUCUUGUGGAAGCUACAAAGUUGGAUGGGAUUGGGUCUAGAGAAAAAGUUGCUAGAAGCUGAUGCCGUUUUCGAUCGUGUUUGUGCAAAAUACAUAUCAACUAAGAGAGAGGAGGUAAGAUUGCAAGGGAUUAGUAAUCAUCCCAUUAACGGAGAAGGUGAAGAUUUGUUGACGUCCUACAUAAAGCUAGACACGACCAAGUACGAGCUUUUGAACCCGAGUAAAGAUCAAUUCCUCAAAGAAGUCAUCUUGAAUUUCAUUAUAGCCGGGAGAGACACUGUUGCCUCUGCGCUCACUUGGUUCUUCUGGCUGCUGUCAAAAAACCCUCAAGUGGUGGCCAAGAUUCACCAAGAAAUCAACACAGUCUUGCCAAGGUCCAAAUAUGGCCAAGAGAAGCUAUCUUUUGAUUCCACCCAGCUUAACAAGCUAGUGUAUUUACAUGGCGCGUUGUAUGAAUCGAUGAGGUUAUACCCACCAAUUCCAUUCGAGCGAAAGUCUGCUAUAAAACCAGACGUGCUUCCAAGCGGGCAUAAAGUCGAUGCAAAUUCCAAGGUCAUUAUCGUUCUUUACGCGCUUGGAAGGAUGAGAGCUGUAUGGGGAGAAGAUGCACUUGAGUUCAAACCUGAGAGAUGGGUUUCAAAGACUUGUGGUGGAAGCUUAAGACAUGAGCCUUCCUUCAAGUUCUUACCGUUUAAUGCCGGCCCGAGAAGCUGUCUUGGUAAGCAACUAGCUAUGAUUCUCAUGAAGACCGUAGUUAUGGAGAUAUUACAAAGCUAUGACAUUAAAGCCAUCAAAGGGCAGAAGGUUGAGUCACUUCCUGGUCUUAUCCUUCGCAUGAAGCAUGGGUUUGAGGUGACAAUUACUAAGCGAGAUUCAGCUUAGUGAAAUCUAUUCGUUAAAUUAAAUCCGAGUAUAAUAAAGUGAUCUGAGAGCAUGGUCUUCGAUGAAUCCCUUAGCUACUUUUAUAUGAUCUGCGAGAUGAUGAAUCUCUACCUUAAUAUUAUGUAUUCAUGAAGAUUAUGAGAAAAUUGGUGGUUAAAUUGGUUAGUGGUCGGUCCACUCAAUAUUCUUUCCCCCUAUAGAGUAUU